AUAUUUCAUGCCAUGCCUCGCAAUUAUCAAUUGCCAAUUCAAAUAAAUGAUGUCAACUACUUUCCAACAACAAUCACUACAAAAUAUCAUUCCACUGAAAUUCUUAUCCACUCAUUUUCAUCUCUCUUGUCCAGAACCAAAAUCACCUCCAAGCUUUUCUCCAUUCUAGCUCUCAUUUCUGCACAUGGCUGAGGCUUUACUAGGAAUUGUCAUUGAAAACUUGCGAUCUUUUGUCGAACAAGAUCUUGCAACGUAUUGGGGCGUUGACCAACAGAUGCAGAAGCUUUCCAGUCACAUGACUGCAAUCCGUGGUGUCCUCAAAGAUGCGGAGAAAAGGCAAAUAACAAGUGAAGCCAUGAGGGAUUGGGUGCAGAAACUCACAGAUGCAGCAUAUGUGUUGGAGGAUAUCUUGGAUGAAUGUUCAAUACAAUCCAAAAAGGUGCUGUGCGGUGUACAAAAUUCAUGCUUAACCCGUUUCCAUCCUAAGGACAUUCUCUUUCGUUCUGAUAUAGGCAAGAGGAUGAAAGACAUUGACCAAAGAUUUCAUGACAUUCAUGAAGAAAGGAGCAUGUUUCAACUAGCCGCUAGUGUCACAGAGAAGCAAGGGGAGGAUGAUGAUAAAUGGCGCCAAACUAGCUCUGUCAUUAUUGAACCAGAAGUAUACGGUAGAGACCAAGAUAGAGAGCAAAUCGUGAAGUUUCUUCUGGAACAUGCUAGUGACAGUGAACAACUCUCUGUCUAUCCCAUAGUUGGUAUGGCUGGACUUGGCAAAACAACACUUGUUAAACAGGUCUUCAAUGAUGAUGAGGUAAGCAAACAAUUUGACUUGACCGUUUGGGUUUAUGUUUCUAAUGAUUUCAAUGUGGAGAGAAUAUUGCAAUCCAUCAUAGAAUCUACCACCAAACAAAACCCCGACCGCAAAACUUUAGAAGCAAAGCAUAAAGAGGUUCAAGAAGUGUUGCAGAGUAAGAGGUAUUUACUUGUUCUUGAUGAUGUGUGGAAUGAAGACAAAGAGAAAUGGAAGGAGUUGAAGGGGACCUUUCAGUGUGCAAGGGGAAUAAAGGGUGCUACCGUUCUGGUCACUACGCGACUUGAGAAAGUUGCGUCCAUCAUGGAAACACACCCUGCUCAUCAUUUGAAAGGAUUAUCUGAAGAUGACAGUUGGUCAUUGUUCAAACAUCAUGCAUUUGGACCAAACAGAGAAGAGAGUGCAGAGCUUUUAGCAAUCGGCAAAGAGAUAGUGGAGAAAUGUGUUGGUUCACCUCUUGCAAUCAAAACACUAGGAAGCCUUUUGCACGAUAAAACUGAGGUAAGACAGUGGCAGAAUGUAAAGGAAAGUGAGUUUUGGAAAAUACGGGAGGAAAGUUCUAUUACAAGUGAGGAAAAUUCUAUCAUGCGUGCUUUGAAACUGAGUUAUUUUAACUUGGAGUUAUCAUUGAGGAGAUGCUUUUCUUUUUGUGCAAUUUUUCCUAAAGGUUUUGAAAUUGUUAAAGAGGAACUAAUUCAUCUUUGGAUGGCUAAUGGAUUUAUUAAAUCUGAAGAAAGUUUAGAAGUGGAGCAUGUUGGUAAUGAAGUGUGGAAAAAAUUAUACCGUAGAUCAUUUUUCCAAGAAGCAAAGACUGAUGUCUUUGGUAUCAUUACAAGUUUCAAGAUGCAUGAUCUAUUUCAUGAUCUUGCACAGUUUAUUAUGGGUGAAGAAUGUAAGGUUUCUGAACAUACAAGUUUGACUGAUUUGUCAAGUAGGGUUCACCAUUUACACUUGUUAAAAUCUAACGUGUCAGUCAACAUUGCUGCCUUCAAGAAAAUUGAAUCCUUGAGGACUUUUCUUUAUUUUGGUUCCGUAAAUAUUCGUCGGUUGCCAUCAAACCAUAGUCUCCGAGCAUUAUGGACAAGCUCUUUUCAAUUGUCGCCACUGAAGGACUUAGCACAUUUGAGGUACUUGAAUCUGUGUGGGAGUUGGGUCACAAGCUUGCCUAAUUCUAUUUGUGGGUUGCAGCAAUUGCAAACAUUGAAAAUGGAAGAUUGUGAGUUCCUUUAUUGGUUGCCCAAAGACUUGACAAGAUUGCAAUGUCUAAGACAUCUUGUGAUUAAUAGCUGUUACGCAAUAGUAGAGAUGCCUCCCAAAAUUGGCAAGUUAAGCCAAUUAAAUGCAUUGAGCACUUUCAUUGUGGGUUCAAAGCCAGGAUAUGGUUUGGCAGAGUUACAUGGCUUAAAUCUGGGAGGCAAGCUACAUAUCAGAGGCCUUGAGAAUGUCCCAAGUGAAGGGGACGCUAAACAAGCAAAUUUGAUUAGUAAGAGGGAGCUGAAUCGCUUAUACUUGUCAUGGGGUGGAAGUGCUAAUUCAGAUGGUACUAAUGUUGAUGCUGAGAAAGUACUAGAAGCCCUUGAACCUGCCUCAACUCUCAAGAGUUUUGGGAUGAAUGGAUACCAGGGUAUCCGGUUAGCCAGUUGGAUGAGAAACCCUUCAGUUUUUAAAGACUUGGUGGACAUCAUACUCUACAACUGCAUGAAUUGUGAGGAGCUUCCUCCACUUGGUAAACUACCGUACUUAAAAAGACUAUUCUUAUCUGGAAUGAAAAAUGUGAAACACAUAGAUGGUGAGUCAUAUAAUGGCGUGGAGGAGAAGGCAUUUCCAUCCUUGGAGAAAUUCACUGCAAAGCGUUUACCAAAUUUGGAGAGGAUGUUGAGACAUGAAGGAGUAGUGAUGCUUCCUCGUCUUUCUGAACUAUUCAUUAAUGGCAUCCCCGAACUUAAAUUGCCAAGCCUUCCAUCUGUUGAGAAGCUUCGUGCUGAGUACAUUGAGAACGAGGUUUCCUUCAUGGAAGGGGUUGUGGGAAAUGUGCCAUGUCUCAAGUCCCUCACCAUUAUCUCCUUUGGGAAACUCAAGGCACUACCGGACCAACUUGGCAGGCUUGGUGCACUAGAGGAACUAGCCAUUGAACAAUGUGAGGAACUGGAGUCUUUCCCGGAACAAGUGUUGCAAGGUCUAACCUCUCUUCGAAGUUUGUCCAUUUCCAAAUGUAAGAAGUUAAAAUCCUUGUCUGAAGGUGUGAGACAUUUGGCUUGUCUUGAGGUUUUUAAAGUCGAAGACUGUCCAAAACUGGUGGAUCUACCGAGCAAUAUGAACCAACUAAAUGCCCUUAGGGAAGUAUCAAUAGAGUGCUCCAUGCUACCAGAAGGCUUACAACAUAUCCCCUCUCUACAAAGAUUGCUUAUAGCAGGAUGUAAUUCAUUGCCAGAUUGGCUUGGAGACAUGACUUCUCUUCGAGAAUUGAAGAUCCACCGAUGCAUAGAGUUGAGGUCACUACCAAGUAGCUUUCAACGCCUCACCAACUUGUGCAAAUUGAGUGUUUACUAUUGUCCUGAGGUGGAGAAGCGGUGCAAGAGGGAAAUAGGGGAGGAUUGGCAAUACAUAGCUCACAUUCCACAACUGGAACUGCCCUCCUCAGAUUCAGAGAAAUUGAAUUUCUCAUUGUGCGAGAGUGUCGGAUUGGCAUGGAACUUCUGCAAGUUUGGGAUAUUGUUUGCUAUAAACGUAACGAAACAUGAUUUCUCUUCGGGAGAUGAAUUUGAUCAUAUGGUUGAUGUGUGAAUCAUGUUAGUCCAUGUGGGCACAACUCCUGUCUGAAUCAUAUCCAUGACCAUUGACCAACAUUGGUGAGCAUUUGCUCUGAAGUCUGAACCAUGAAAAACAACAACAAAAGGAACCCAUGAAACCUGUUCUCUGUUUCAAUUUCUAACACUCCGUUAAACCAACUUCUGCCUUUUUCUUUUCCAUGACAUUUUACAUUCCUUUUACACUUCACACUUCAAUGUUGUUUAUAGAAUUUGCAUCCUUCGUGGUAUUUUCCUUGCGGUGAUAGUUUUGCAUUAUAUAUGGACUUAUGCAUUUUGGCUUAUUCUGAUAUAAAAAAAUUAUUCUCUAUAUAAUAGUCAGAAAUAUUUGUUAAUCA